CCACCCGAUUUACACCCAGAAACACCAGGCCAGGACGCUCGAGCCGCGCAGCCAGGCCCAAGGAAAAUAAAAAGCAGCACACUCGCAGAAAAUAAAAAGAAUUAAAAAAAAUGGCAUCAACCCCGCCCCCGACCGACCAGCCGGUAAAGCGCAAGCGCGGCCGCCCCCCUCUCUCGCCCUCCCAGCGCAAGCCGAAACCGGCGCCAACCGGCCGCCCGCGCGGCCGGCCCAAGGGGAGCGGCGCGGGCGUCAAGAAGCGCACCAGCGCCGUCGCAGCAGCAACCGCAGCAGCAGCAACCGCCAAGGCAUCCAGCAGCGGCGGUAGCGACGCGACGACGACGGCCCCCCGGCGGGGGCGCGGCCGGCCGAGGAAGAACGCGCCCCGUGUUCUGGAGGGGGUGGUGGCGGAUGUGGAGGCGGAGGAGGGUAAGAAGGGUGUUGGUGCUGGUGCUGGUGAUGGUGGGGAGGGGGAGCCGGUGGUGAAGAAGCGGGGCCGGGGCAGGCCGCCUGGGUCGGGCAAGAAGCAGAAGCUGGCGCAGCGGCGGGCUGCUGAGGCGGCGGCGGCGGCGACGGCGACUGCGCCUAAGAGGGGAGGGUCUGGCGGGGGGAGGCGGUCGGUUGGGGCCGGGAAGAAGGUUGUGGAGGAGGAGGAGAAGGAGGAGACGGGGGUCGGUGAGGAUGAUGGGGAUUUUGAGGAGGAUGGUGAGGAGGUGGAGGUGGAGGAGGAUGGGGAGGAUGAGGACUGAAAGGGAACCGUGAACGGUUUGGUGGGAAGAAAUUGAGCCUGCGGCAGGGAUGAGCGUGUUGGGGUGUCUCUGGUGCUUGUGGACGUGGACGGGCAUGGGAAUCGUUACGGGUCUGUUUUAGUUUUGGUCUCUUCGCUGCGGUGCUUUUCUGGGGAAGAGCUGUGAACAAAGGCGGAGAAAAGCCAUAUCACGAGCGAGGACGUUUCCUGGUAUCAGCAUCAAGGAUAAUUAUCAUGAUCGGCUGCAGGGGAAGCAUUCGCAGUGUGUCCUUAGGGAGCUCUAUAUCUACGUGGACCGCCAACUCUUCCGCCGAGUCUGCUGAUAUUCGCCAGUUGUUUCAGUGAAACAAAACCGCACCGGGCCAUCUCGUUUAUGCUAUGCAGUACGACAGCCUGCUCGCCAGUUUUGCUGAUUUCCCCACAGUUCUAGAG